AUGGAUGAACGCUUCUCCACCAUCUCUGGAUUCACAUACGACAUUUCCAGCUUGAGCCAGACUUCUCGGGAACGAGUCAGACGAGCAACGGAGAGCGGCGAUGCGAUAGCCAUGGAGUACUGCGAGCGGACCAAAGCUGGUGUAUAUGUCUUUCAUAUGAAAGACACGUUUGCCAUCUUCGUCAACGCAGAAAACCCACCCUCGAAACCUCGCUGCGACUGUGGUGUAAUGCAGGAGGGAGGGCUUGCUUGCAAGCACCUCUACUGGCUUGAAGAUCAAAUUGUCCAGGCAUACGACAAUACCUCUUCAGUGUAUAGACUUGUACCAGAUGGCUCCUCUAUCGGAAACAAACCUCCAGACCGCCCUAUUGUAAACAUGUCUCCAUUCGAGUUGAUCGAGAGGCGCCAGUUGUCCGAGCUCGCUGAGCACCAGGAGUGGCCGUUUACCAAACAAGUCCUUGAAGAAGACCAGGAUCGGGAAGAUGAACUGAAUCACAUGUUGUCGGUUUUCAACCCGAUUGCAUUCAGUCCUACAGGAUUCGUUGCCACCUUGCCCGACUUACCAUCGCCGGAACAGGCAUACAAGCAAUUUUGCGACUCGGUCAUCGCACAAGCCAUGCAAGACGACGGCUUGUACGCCAAACUACGAUCCAUCAUAGAUCCUAAAGUCCGCGCCAACGUCUUCUUCGGGAGAGUGCAAAACAAGGUUGUACAAGCGUUUAACGACUUGCAGAGGUAUCUCGAUGAUGGUCCUACCGAAUCGACGCCUCACUUUGGCGUCGAGGAAUGCGCCACCAAGCUCGAGGAGUUGGUUGAGCAAAUCCGGGAUAGCUACGCCGAGGAUGUCGAGGACGAUCCCCGCGGCCGCGAUCUUAACGCCACCAGCCGAGCCGUCAGUGCAUUGGUUGAUAUCUUACAGGGCGUUGUGGACCGCAACAGGGAUCUUUACCAAGGCCUCACAUGGGCCAUGCCUCCAAAUGAGCAAGCCCAAGGCGGUAACCUGUUCGCUCGUUUGAUCGAAGAUCACAUGGAUGAAGACGACUUGUUUGUGCUGCGCGUGCUGAAGGACAUGCCGCCGGAACUCAUCAGAGACCACCGCGAUCGUCUCGAGGGCACCCUGCAGAACCUCAGGUCGCAAGGAGCGCCGACAUCCUACGUCGCGCAGUUGCAGAACAUCAUUCAGAAGAGAAGGAGGGCCCUAUGA